AUGGCGCAGAAAGGAGUUCAGUUGGACCGAGAAACCUUCUCUUGUUCAGUCUGUUUGGAUCUACUGAAGGAUCCGGUGACUAUUCCCUGUGGACACAGCUACUGCAUGAACUGUAUUAAAAGCUUCUGGGAUGAAGAGGAAGAGAAGAAAAUCUACAGCUGCCCUCAGUGCAGACAGACUUUCCCAGCGAGGCCUGUCCUGGAGAAAAACACCAUGUUAGCAGAUUUAGUGGAGGAGCUGAAGAAGACUGGACUCCAAGCUGCUCCUGCUGAUCACUGCUAUGCUGGACCUGAAGAUGUGGCCUGUGAUCUGUGCUCUGGCAUGAAGCUAAAAGCUGUGAAAUCCUGUCUGAUGUGUUUGGUUUCUUACUGUGAGAAACACCUUCAGCCUCAUUAUGAUGUGGCUGCAUUAAAGAAACACAAGCUGGUGGAGCCCUCCAAGAAGCUCCAGGAGAACAUCUGCUCUCGUCAUGAUGAGGUGAUGAAGAUGUUCUGCCGUACUGAUCAGCAGAGUAUCUGUUAUCUCUGCCCUGUGGAUGAACAUAAAGGCCACGACACAGUCUCAGCUGCAGCAGAAAGGACUGAGAGGCAGAGAGAGCUGGAGGUGAGUCGACAAAACAUCCAGCAGAGAAUCCAGGACAGAGAGAAAGAUGUGAAGCUGCUUCAACAGGAGGUGGAGGCCAUCAAUCAGUCUGCUGAUCAAACAGUGGAGCACAGUGAGAAGAUCUUCACUGAGCUGAUCCAUCUCAUCCAGAAAAGAAGCUCUGAUGUGAAGCAGCAGAUCAGAUCCCAGCAGGAAACUGAAGUGAGUCGAGUCAAAGAGCUUCAGGAGAAGCUGGAGCAGGAGAUCACUGAGCUGAAGAGGAAAGAUGCUGAGCUGAAGCAGCUCUCACACACAGAGGAUCACAUCCAGUUUCUACACAACUACCCCUCACUGUCAGCACUCAGUGAGUCUACAGACUCAUCCAGCAUCAUUAUCCGUCCUCUGAGCUACUUUGAGGAUGUGACAGCAGCUGUGUCAGAGGUCAGAGAUAAACUACAGGACAUUCUGAGAGAGGAAUGGACAAACAUCUCACUGACAGUCACUGAAGUGGAUGUUUUACUGUCAGAUCCACCAGCAGAGCCAAAGACCAGAGCCUAA